CAACGCCAUGAAAGAACCACAACAGCGAGAAAAUCCGUGACCGCAUUUUUGAACUGCUGUAUCACGCCCAGCGUCCGGACUGCACGUUUACAGCUGGAGACUCCGAGCAAUGACCGUCGCGGGUGCAGAUAUCACGAUGCCGAUCCGAACGCCCACGUCGGCGACGCACGCCGAGGCGGCGGCGGCGGCGGGUUCUCCAACCGACGAGCGUCCCUACUCGGCCGCGCAAGAGGACUUCGCCACGUCGGCGCUGCUGUCGGAGCAGUCGACGGCGUCCGAGCUGGCGUCGCAGCAGGUGCCCGUGGACCUGGAGGUGGCCAAGGCGGAAGCGCAGGCGCUGAUCGACGCGCAGAAGUUCGGCACGCGCAAGGCGUUCAAGGCGCACCUGGACGAGGAGAUCGGGCGGCUGACGCGCGAGGCGGAGGCGCGGGCCAAGAAGCGGGACGAGGCGCUCAAGGUCAACGAGGGCGUCGACGAGGAGAUCAAGAAGCUCGAGGCCCAGUACGAGACGGAACGCAGGGCCCUGGGCAGGCGGCUGCAGGAGCUGGGGAAGUGAACGGCAGGCUCGAGGGCGAACGGCGCCCGUCUGCGUCGUUUUGCACCGGCGUCUCGAAUGGCUGGCACCCCGUUCACACCGAGAUCGAACACGCUUACACGACAUGAACAUGAAAUCUGUUCAGAAGGUUCAGAGGUCGGAGUGGUAGGGGGUUGGCGGUGGGUUGGGCCAUCUCUCCGAUCUGGGCCAUGAUUUCAUGAGAGCAGAAUGCCGGGCUUGAUAUAUAUAUUUAUGAAAGUAACAGGUUGAUGUUUGCAAUAUGCUUCAACUGUUGUAAGCUCCAGAGGCGAGCUUUACGGUUCUCAGAUCGCCCAUGCCGUUUAGGCGGCUAGCCACGGCACAGCGCAGCGGUUUAAGAAUGGGAGGACGAAAGGGAUGGGAGGAUCGUAAAGUAUUCAAGCAGAUGACAUCGAUUCAGGCAUUCUACGAAUCAGUACAUCUCCCAGAAUUAGAUGGAGCAGGUCACCCGCACAAGCUCCGCUCCAGGCGAGCGGAGCGCAGGGCAACUGUCCACACAUGCAAUCUAAAUCAGCAUCACGUGCCA